AUGGCGAGUUCCAACUCCGGCAUCCCUAUCAAGGCAGAACAAGAUUCGGAUGGCUCGGCACAAAGCACAGCUGAUAUGACCGCCUUUGUGCAAAACCUUCUAAUCCAGAUGCUUCAAAAGACCCUCUUAUUCAUAUUUCCCUGGGAUGAAAUGGGUGCGAGAAUUGAUGAAUUGGAGCAGAGCAUCAAUGACCUCAAGGCUGAGAUGGGCAGUGAAGGCGUGUCGCCAUCUAAGAUGAAGGGAGAGUCAAAACCUUCAGACAGCUCUGCAUGA